CUCACUUUCUAACAGACCUCUACGAUGGAUUGUCACCCUGGAUUAUAAAUGUUAUUUACUUGUUAAAUCGCUGAGCCCUCCACCUCAGCACCACCACCCAACCCCCCAUCUGGAUUAUUGGGGCUUCGGGAGAAGUGUCUCUAAUUUUUGGAUUACCAUUAAAGCCCACAUGGAGCUGGUGUCUGCAUGCUGAUCUGAACGACAGAGGGACAAGUGCGCUCGGGGGCCCGAGAGAAAGAAAGACUUUGCUGAAGAUUGAGGAACUUGAUGGUAGUGACAACAUAAACAAAAGAAGCGACAUCAAAUCGAGGGAGCCGAGAUGGGGUUACGACUGGGACUGAGGUUCAGCCUGGUCAUGGUGAUCCUGGCCUUGACUCUGUCCGGAGAGGGAGUUGAAGCCCAGAGCAGGGCAGGGUGUAAGAACGUCCACUACGACCUGGCCUUCAUCCUGGACACCUCGUCCAGCGUGGGCAAGGAUAACUUUGAGAAGAUCAGGCAGUGGGUGGCCAACCUGGUGGAGUCCUUCGACGUGGGCGAGGAGAGGACGCGUGUGGCCGUGGUGCGCUACAGCGACCGGCCCACGCUGGAGUUCAACCUGGCCAGACACAAGAGCCUGGAGGAGGUGAAGCGCGCCGCCGCCAACAUCCGCUACAUCGGCGGGAACACCAUGACGGGCGACGCCAUCAGCUACACCACCCAGAACGUCUUCGUGGAGCGUCACGGCGCCCGGCCCCGCGCCAAGGGCAUCCAGCGGGUGGCCAUCCUGGUCACCGACGGCAGGAGCCAGGAUUAUGUCCUGGAGCCCUCCAAGGAGGCGGCGGCGGCGGGGAUCAGGGUGUUCGCCGUGGGCAUCGGGGAGGCCCUCAAAGUGGAGCUGGAGGAGAUCGCCGCCGAACCCAAAAACGCGCACGUCUUCCACGUGACGGACUUCAACGCCAUCGACAAGCUCCGCGGUCGACUGAGGAGAAGGCUCUGUGAAAACGUGCUGUGUCCCAAUAUGAAGGUGCAACCGGAUCGCUUCAAGCCCGGCAGCACGAGUUACGCUCUGGAUGCUGUCCCAGGCUUUGAUCUCAUGGAGUACUUCAACGUGAGAGACAUUCUGGGGACCAGAGAAGAUGAGGGUCAGAGCUCAUACGUACGUCUUGGGACAAUGCCAAUUGUACAAAAAACAGAAGACGUUUUUCCUCAGGGACUGCCAGACGAGUAUGCCUUUGUGACAACGUUUAAAUUCAGGAAAACCUCCCGACGUGAAGAUUGGUACCUCUGGCAAAUCUUCGACAAAUAUGGCAUCCCACAGGUGUCCAUCCGCCUGGACGGGGAGAACCGGGCAGUGGAGUACAACGCGGUGGGCCUCACCAAGGACGCCGUGAGGGCCGUGUUCAAGAACGACGAGGUGGACAACCUCUUCGACCGCAACUGGCAUAAGAUCGCCCUCAGUGUGGACGCCAAGUCCGUCACCCUGUACCUGGACUGCAAGCUGAUCCAGACGCUGCCCAUCGGCGACCGGGAGGACAUCGACAUCCAGGGGAAGACGGUGAUCGGCAAGAGGCUGUACGACAGCGUGCCCAUCGACUUUGACCUCCAGAGGAUGAUGAUUUAUUGCGAUUCCAAGCAUGCAGAGCUGGAAACAUGUUGCGACCUACCUACCGGGCCAUGCCCGAAGAAGGUUGUUACAGAGGCCCCCCCGGUACAGAUCCCAACCCCGGCCCCCACGGUGGCGGAGCAGAAAAGAGGCCCUCAGGUCAACUGUUCCUGUCCUCCUGGGGAAGAGGGGCCAGCAGGGGAACCUGGCGUUCCGGGCACCAAGGGUGUAAAGGGAGACUCUGGCCUGAAGGGCGCCAUGGGACCGAGCGGCGUCAAAGGACAGAGAGGAGAAACUGGCAAAGUAAUCUCUGUCAAGGGUGACAGAGGUGAGAAGGGCGACUCCGGAAGCAUCGGGUUAACAGGUCGCGAUGGACCCACAGGAGUGAAGGGAACUGGUGGGAUUCCAGGGAUCGAUGGCUUGCAGGGCGACAAAGGAGAAAGUGGUGAAGGCGGAGCCCCUGGUGUAGCAGGACUGCCCGGGUCAGUGGGGCUAAAGGGAAUCCAAGGGGAUUCAGGAAUACCUGGCGUGCCUGGAUUCAAUGGUGUCUCUGGAGAAAACGGAUUCAAAGGAGAACAGGGAACUCCCGGGACCAAGGGAGAAGUCGGUUUGUCUGGAUUUGCGGGAAAACCUGGGUUUCCUGGGAAAGACGGCUUGCGGGGCAUGGUGGGCGCUCCUGGUGCAGGUGGGACCAAGGGAGAUAAGGGAGAGAGGGGGCCCGCCGGAUUACCUGGGGAUGUGGUCCAAAAGGAUGGUUUGAAGGGCGAAGAUGGAUUGGCCGGACCCCCGGGGGCCCCAGGAGCCAUCGGACCAGCAGGGCCACCUGGGCCCUCUGGUAAUCAAGGAUAUCCAGGUGAACCUGGAGAAUUCGGCCAGCGGGGAAAGAAAGGCGAAAGUGGAUUACCAGGAGUCGAUGGCCUCCCGGGAGCAGCAGGUCAGGCGGGCAUCACUGGCCCAGCAGGAUUACAGGGACACACCGGACCCCCUGGUCUCCCUGGUGAGAUCGGAUUCUCCGGCAAACCUGGCGAGUCCGGCAAGGCUGGUCUUCCCGGGAAAGACGGUCUGGAUGGCCUUCCAGGAAAUGAUGGCGGCCCGGGACCCAGGGGCGAGCGAGGAACCGACGGCUUAUCUGGCAAAGAGGGGCUCAAGGGCCAAGACGGACCCCCGGGGCCGAGAGGACCCCCAGGGGAGAGAGGAGAGGCUGGUUUGAGGGGACAGGCCGGUGAGGAGGGCCCCGGUGGGAUCAGGGGAGUUCCGGGAGAACGAGGAAACAAUGGAGGACUUGGGCCUAAAGGAGCAAAGGGCGACAAGGGGGACGUCGGUGGCCGGGGGCUUCCGGGCAUACCGGGCAACGUGGCCGAAGUUAUCCAGGAGCCAGGUGAACCGGGGAAACCAGGAGAGAAAGGAGAGAAGGGUGAUCAAGGGAAACAAGGAGAAACGGGUCUGAGAGGUUUACCUGGAGAGCAGGGCUUCAGGGGACUGCCUGGGGCACAGGGAACCAAAGGAGACGGCGGCAUUCCCGGGGAGGUUGGAAGGGUCGGAGACGCUGGCCCACCUGGACCAGCCGGUAUCCAAGGUGGACGUGGACUACCAGGAAAUGCGGGCAUCCCGGGAACCAUGGGGCCUCCUGGUCCCAUCGGAGAGAGAGGAGAGAAGGGCGAGGGGGGUAAAGAAGGAAAAACAGGAGCUGCAGGCCCCCGCGGAGACCCCGGUCUCAGCGGGCCCCCAGGACCCACAGGAAAGGGCAAAGACGGCCCAGACGGGGAGCCCGGGCAGCCGGGCGUCCAAGGACCUCCAGGGCCGCAGGGCCAGACCGGACCCUCAGGACCCCAGGGUGGGCCCGGACUGAGGGGCGUCCCCGGGGAAGGGAAGGUCGGAGUCCAGGGACCCUCAGGACUCAGGGGAGAGCCCGGUGCCGCGGGGCUGAGGGGGCAAGCAGGCGCAGCCGGCGCCCAGGGGCCCGGCGGACACAACGGUGUACCUGGAAGACCUGGAGAGAAAGGGGAUGCCGGUGUACCUGGGAAGGCUGCAGAUCUCUCUGAGCUGGAUCUUAAGAACGUGUGCUCGGACUGCCCCGCCGGCCCACCCGGAACCCCCGGCCUGCCCGGCGUUCCGGGAGAGAAGGGACACAACGGCCUCCCCGGGAAGAGCGGUCAAGAUGGCUACCCAGGCCAGGUGGGGCCGACGGGGCCCGCGGGGCCCCCAGGGGCCGACGGGACCAAGGGAAUCAAAGGAGACCGCGGACCCGCCGGGACCAACGGAGACAAGGGGGAGAAGGGUCACCCCGGGCCACCCGGACACCAGGGGGCCGCUGGCCUUCCAGGCAGUGCUGGUAACGACGGGCCGCCUGGUCCAUCGGGCCCCCCGGGGGCCCCGGGAGAAAAGGGUAAAGAGGGACUCAAGGGUAUCCAGGGUCCACCUGGCCUUCCUGGGAUGAUGGGCCAGUCCGGCAAAAUGGGGAAAGAUGGCCGAUCCGGUGAACCCGGCGAGCCUGGCAAGCAGGGCGAUCCUGGACCAGCGGGCAACACAGGACUCAGAGGAAUGCCCGGCUUUAAAGGCCACCGAGGCGAACCCGGGCCCUCGGGAUCCAAGGGGGAAGAUGGAAAAUCGGGAUUGCCUGGACGGGAGGGGAAACCUGGAACAGAUGGAGCCACGGGCCCCCCAGGUGGAGACGGACUGAUGGGGCAGAGAGGGGAAUCGGGCAAACCAGGUGAACCGGGGCCCUCAGGAAAACCAGGAGCCGCCGGUACUCCGGGUCUUAUGGGAAACAAGGGCGAGCCCGGCAACCCUGGAUUACCAGGUUUUAGUGGCCCCAAGGGCCCCGCGGGUCCACACGGUCCGGCCGGCCCCGAGGGGAAACAGGGGAUGCCAGGCAGAGUGGGGGACCGCGGCAUCAAGGGGGAAAGGGGAGACCCGGGAAACAAGGGCGACAAAGGCCACAACGGGGAGUCCGGCAUUCCCGGCAACCCCGGAACCCCGGGAAGGAAGGGCCACACCGGGAUGAUGGGCAUGUCAGGGCCACAGGGGGACAUCGGCCCCACGGGGCCCCAGGGAUCGAUCGGUAACCCUGGAACGCCGGGGCCCAGGGGAGAGUCGGUGUCGGUGGAGCAGAUGCGGCGACUGAUCCAGGAAGAGCUCAGUAAACAGUUGGACUCCAAACUGGCCUACCUGAUCUCUCAGAUCCAGCCGGCCCACGUGAAGACCACGGCGGGGCGGCCCGGGACCCCGGGGACGCCGGGGAAGGACGGCUCCCAGGGCCGCCCCGGCCCCCCGGGGGAGCAGGGGAUGCCCGGUCAGAACGGAGGGGAGGGCAUCCGAGGACCUCACGGCCCCAAAGGUGAACGAGGAACCAGAGGAGAGAAGGGAGAGAAUGGCGUCGGGGAGCGGGGAGAGAAAGGCCCUGCCGGGCCCAUAGGCCCAGCCGGUCUGCCCGGCUACGGUAAAGACGGAAGCCCGGGACAAGUGGGCACCCAGGGAGAGCCAGGGAACCCCGGCCCCCACGGGCAGACCGGGCCCCCGGGACCCACCGGCCAGUGCGACCCCAGCCAGUGCGCUUAUUACGCUAGCAUGGCGUCAAGACCCCACACCAAGAACACCAAGGGGAAUUAAAACGCAUGCACAAAAACACACGCACACACACACACACAGGAACACAUGCACACAGAUACACAUACACACUCACACGCGAAAAUACAAAGAGCUUGAAGUCCAGCUGUAUUCAUGAACCGAGUGUGUGUUCAUAUGAAUUGAGAACUUUUUACUUUUAGCGCUGAUGGUCACCUCACGUGGGAGGGCUGAAGCCCGUGCUGCCGGUCCAGUCUUCAUGUUUCUUUUGGGAGGAUCAGGGUUUUUUUUUGGAAAUGCUCCAUUGGUGUUUUAAAUAUUAACAUUGCGAUGGAUAGAGAGGGCAGCUGAGUACGUUUUUACAAUGUUCCAUUAGACUAUGCAUCAGUCAAUAGUCAUUUUAGUUUUAUUUUCCACUUUUUUAUGUUCCCAGGUCAUGUGGGGCAAUACAGUUUAAGAUGAAGUUGAAAAAGGGAUCCUUUCAGCCCCUCUGAGUGGAGAUUCUGGACCCCACUCUGAAACCGUGACACUCCAUUAAUCCACAUCACCCUGAUGUUCCCCUGAUCCGAGGAUCCUAGCUUUGGAUUGUAUUAACUUCUCGUCAAAGUAGUUCUCUACUUUUAUAAUAGAGGGGGGCUUAGCCUCAUGCGACAAUCCAGACACCCAGAUUUGUGUUCCGCCAUGAAUACCAGUCUUGCCUUAUCGUUCUUAAGUCAAUGACAUGUUCAGUUAACUCGGGUUUAUCGGAUGAAUCACGGACACCCUUUCAUCUCUUGCCUGAUCCGGUUUGAAGUGAAGCCAAAACCCCUUUCCAAAAAAAGCAUUGAGUGCUGAUGUCUGUUCAUCUCUUCACAUCGUUAUUCUGUCCAUUUAAGAUGACAUGCUUUGGAGUGCUAACCUUUCGUUCAUGAAGACCUGUUGGUAUUUGUAAGAUAUGCCUGAGUAGCAUAUUCAUAAUGCAGUCCAUCUUCAACGAAGAUUAAGAAAUUAAAUAUGAUUGAUGAGGAUGUUAUGAUGUCAGGCCAACUAUGUCGUUUUUAAUUAUUGUAAGGAAUUCAAUUAAAAUGUACGAUCAUUAUCUAUGUAGCCUAAUACAGCCGAAUUUCAAUUCUUUCCCGUUUGCCUUUCCAUGUGCUUAUUAUCAUGGGUAUCAAUGAGGUAAAAGAUGCAUGUCACGCAAGGGUGGGUAUAAGUGAACCACUUACUCAAAUCAUCGCAGCAUAUGUUGAACAUACAAGGCGUAAACUUGUUAAAAUUAGAGCUGUAAUACCAUCCAGAUAUUCUAGCUUCUCGUUUCACACUGAAACUGUCUUGAAUGGGCAGCAAAAGAUUUCUGAAAAUUUUGUUCAAAAAGACAACAGCCAAUCAGAUUAGAUAAAUAAGUGAUGUCCACUCAUAGUUGAGGAAUCCUCCUCUGUUCAUCUUUUAGCCUCGGUGAACAUCGGCUUAGUUUGAGUGAAACAGUUGGGAUUGCUCUGUCGAUGGUUACACAUUACUCUGCCGCCGCAAUCGUUUUUCAAAUCUGGAAGUGUGAGUGUGGCGCACCUCGCUUCCUCUCUUCUUUUUUUUGAUCUACCCUUUGGGUAACCUCUUGAAGCAGGGUUUUCCUUCUUUGUCCGGUUGGGGCUUACUGAACAGAGACUGGGGAGCCUC